GGUUUUUGGUGGACGCUGUCUUUUCAUUGCCGCAUUUUUAUGUGGACUGGUGAGCGGUGGUUGAAGUCAGCGUAUUGAGGAUUGCUAGCACUUUUAAUGAAUACCUGAUGGACGUGCCAGCUGAAACAGCAGAACAAUCGAAAUACCAGCACUCUGUCAAGCUCCCAUAUCUGUACAAAGAAGGGGCGAAGAUCCUCAAAGCGUAUUCAGAAAAGAAGGGGAGCCUGAAGACUCUGGUGUACGCCACACGUCAACAGCGAGUGUGACCGCCGCCGCCGCGUCAGCCGCCGCCGCCGCCGCCAUGAGUCUGCCGGAGGAGCGGUUCAUGCACUCGUCCAUCGAGCGACGCACGACGCGCACCAACGUGCUGCUCAACCUGUUCGUUUACAGCGUGGCCAUGUUCACGCUGCCGUUCGUGGCGUUCUACGGCGCCGUGCACGUGGCCGAGGAUCGGCUGGGUUACGCCGAGCACGGCUACCUGUGGGGCACGGCGGCGGCAGUGCUCACCGUGCACGCGCUCAUCGCCAUGUUCGUGUGGGGCGCGUACAAGGAGGUGCGGGACGCCGAGAUCGCCUCGGCGCCACGGCAGAUCAGCCGCCAGGAGCUGGCCAGCCGGCAGAAGCAGCAGUGAGCGCCGGCGGUGCCGUGGGCAGUGCCGCGGCGUGAGAGGCCCGGGCGGCGCUGGGGGCGGCUGACCGUGACGGAAGCGGACAGUGCGGGAGGGUCAGUGUCGACCUCACAGUAACGGAGGUGCGUCGGUGACCGACCGGCGGACACGGGCGUGGACAACGGAAUCGAGUCGCCAGUGGGACGAUGCCGACUGUGGUGACGUGGACCAGGCUCUGGCGCGUGGCCUUGCUCCGUUCUGCUUGUCCUCGUGGCUGCUCGUUCGUUGUGACGACAGAGUCGGUUGUCGUGAAACCACGUGAUCACAGGCCUUGCCGGUCCGGAGGUCGGCCGUCAUGAAGCAGAAAAUUUACGCGGGGUUAUCCGGGUCUGAUCGAACGUGUCAGGGUGCACAUUAAUACAAUAUUCACUGCCUUGUUUUGGGCUACAUUCCAGGUCCGCAUGUUGUGAUUUGUUUCUGAUUUAGCAUUUAUGCCAGGUAUUACAAGACCGUUUCAGUCCUCAGGCUGCUGAACACGAAUUGUGUACUUGCACGAAGUCAGUUGUUGUCUUGUGUAGGUCUUUACGCGGACCGUCACUAGAUUUUUUCGUCAUGCGUUUGUAGGAAUAUGGAACUUUGUAUGCGCCGGGAAGAUCAGAUACGAAACUGGGCAGGUUUGUUCAUGAACGAUGGACGACUUUUAGGCAGUAAAAGCAAAGACUUAUGUGCGAAUUGGAAUGUUGGUAUCUGAGAACGGCAAGGCAAUAUAUUGGACAGAUUGCAA